AUGCCCCAGAACGAGUAUAUCGAAAGACACCGCAAGCUUCACGGCAAGCGUCUCGAUCAUGAGGAGCGCACGCGCAAGAAGGCCGCUCGUGAGGGCCAUAAGCAGAGCGAGAAUGCGCAGAACCUCCGCGGCCUGAGGGCCAAGCUGUACGCUAAGCAGCGUCACUCGCAAAAGAUCCAGAUGCGCAAGACGAUCAAGCAGCACGAAGAGCGCAACGUCAAGGGCGCCCCCGCCGAGAACGAGCCCUCCAACCCUAUUCCCUCGUACCUUCUCGACCGCGCCAAUCCCACAUCCGCCAAGGCCCUCUCCAGUCAGAUCAAGAGCAAACGUGCCGAGAAGGCGGCGAGGUUUUCGGUGCCGAUUCCCAAGGUCAAGGGUAUCAGUGAGGAGGAGUUAUUCAAGGUUGUCAAGACGGGCAAGAAGGUGCACAAGAAGGGGUGGAAGCGUGUGGUUACGAAGCCUACUUUUGUUGGGCCUGAUUUCACCAGACGGCCGGUCAAAUACGAACGUUUCAUUCGCCCCAUGGGUCUCCGGUACAAGAAGGCCAAUGUCACACACCCAACUCUCAAUGUCACGGUACAGCUCCCGAUCUUGGGCGUCAAGAAGAACCCCAGCAACCCCCUGUACACCCAGCUCGGUGUUCUGUCCAAGGGUACCAUUAUCGAGGUCAACGUCUCCGAUCUUGGUAUGGUCACAGCUUCCGGAAAGAUUGCCUGGGGUCGUUACGCCCAGAUUACCAACAACCCCGAGAACGACGGCUGCCUGAACGCUGUUUUGCUUGUCUAA